CGGAAAGAUGGCGGGCGCCGAGGUUGAUGCGGACGUUAGGAAGCUGAUGGGCAACCUGCGGCAGCUGGGCAACGAGCUGCGGGAGCUCGGCGUGUCCGUGCAGUCGUCCGGGGAUUACUGCCAGCGCUUCUGCCAGGAGCUGCACUGAGCUUUUGCUUUGCCUGCCUGACGAAGUACCAGACACACUUUGGGAGCAGUUUCAGGCCUGUGUACAAGCGGCACAUAAAGUGCUAUCAGAAUAUGGGAAUCCAGAACUUCAAAUGCUGGCUGUACUUGCCAAGGAAGGUGGGGUUUGGAAGAACUCUGUACUAAACAACAUUUUCUCCCAGCAGCCAUUGGAACAGGAUAAAGUGAAUGAAUUUCUGAUGCAGGAAGGUCCUGCCCUUCUUGAAAUGCGAAUCCGACACCUCAUCAAGGGAAAGAGGUUUGAUCAGGCUACAAAGCUGGCAAAAGUUUGUGCUGAGCAUCCAGAAAUUGGUACAAAGAGUAUUUUUAAACAGAUUUACUUAACCUGUCUUUGUACUUCAUCAUCAAGUGAAACCUUGAUGGAAGAGAUCUCAGCUGUUGACUGCAAAGAUGCACUGGAGAUGAUUUGUAACCUGGAAUCCGAUGGGGAGGAGAAUUUAGCCCUCAUCUUGUGCACAGCCUUCCUCACACGGCAGCUUCAACAAGGAGACCUAUAUUGUGCUUGGGAGCUGACACUGUUCUGGAGCAAAUUGCAGCAACGGAUAGAGUCAUCUUCCUUAACCUUUCUGGAAUGCUGUCGGCAAUUCUCCAUGUUGUCUAAAACAGUUUAUCACAUAUUCUUUUUGAUUAAGGUCAUACAAUCAGAGGCAGGGGAAGCUGGGCUUUCAGCUUGUAUUGAGCUAUGUGUGAGGGCACUACGCAUGGAAUCAAAUGAAAGUCCUUCAGUGAAAACGUCCAUCUGCAAGACAGUGUCAUGCUUGUUACCCGAUUAUUUAGAGGUCAGGCGAGCAUGCCAGCUCACCGAAUUCCUCCUGGAACCCACAGUAGAAGCAUAUUAUGCAGUUGAGACUUUGUACAACCAGCCGGAUCAGAAGUAUGAUGAUGAAAAUGGCCCGAUCCCAAAUUCACUGAGAUGUGAACUCCUGCUUGUUUUGAAAACACAUUGGCCCUUUGAUCCUGAAUUCUGGGACUGGAAGACCCUGAAACGACAUUGUCUUGCAUUAAUGGGGGAGGAAGCAUCCAUCGUGUCUUCUAUUGAUGAGCUUAAUGACAGUGACCUGUUCGAAAAUAAUGAGAGCCAUCCAGAAGAAACUGCUAUGAAAGAACAUUCACUGAAUGGACUUCCUAAAUUUUACAGCGAUGUCAUGAAAGUAGAGAACGGUUCAUCUGAAAAAGUAGAAAAGAAGGAAAACCCUAAAAUUGAGAAAGGUGUGGUAUCUGCUAGAUUUAAGAAUUGGCAGGCAUAUAUGCAGUAUUGUGUAUUAUGCGACCGAGAGUUUCUGGGGCACCGAAUUAUCCGUCAUGCUCAAACUCAUGUGAAGGAUGGAAACUAUUACUGUCCCAUAUGUGCCAAAAGUUUCAAGAAAAAGGAGAUUUUUGUUCCGCAUGUUACAUUUCAUAUUAAACAGUCGUGUAAAGAACGACUGGCAUCUAUCAAACCAAAAAGAAGAGUUGGAAGGCCUCCAAAGAAUCUGACUGACUUCAGUCCUGCAGAUAAAAAAAUAGCUGAAAUAGAUAAACAAGAACAUCGUCCAAUUAAAAGGAACAGCCUGUAUGGCGAGGAUUUUGUAGUCUUCAGUGAUAGUGAUGGUUCUGAUGAUGAAGGUAAGGACAAAUCAUACAAACCUGAAAUAACCACACAGAAAGUGGAUUACACUGAAGAUUAUAACUGUCCCGUUACAAUCUGUACCAAAACUUUUAAGUAUUUUAAAAACUUAAUUGCACACGUGAAAGGUCAUGGUAAUGAUGAAGAAGCAAAACAGUUCCUUAAAAUGCAAAGUAAUAAAGUUGUUUGUCAGUAUUGUCGCAGACGCUUUGUCAGCGUUUCUCACCUUAAUGAACAUUUGCAAAUUCACUGUGGCCCUAACCCAUAUGUCUGUAUUCAACUGGAAUGUAAUGCAAGCUUUGGCACUUACUCUGAAUUGGUAGGACAUAGAAAAGAACAUCUGCUGUUCAAAGCCAAAUGCAUGUUUCAGAAUUGUGGAAGGAUUUUCACAGAGUCUUAUUUGUUAUACGAUCACGAAGCACAACAUUACCACAAUUCUUCAUAUACGUGCAAGUUCUCAGACUGUGGAAACAUUUACUACUCUCAGAGUGAACUGCAAAAGCAUGAAGUUGGUCAUACAGCACAUGCCUGUGUGAAAAUUGAAACUGAAAAUAGUUCACCUUUUCAAGCAGACCAGUUGGCUACAAAUAGAACUGAUAGAGUAGGCCAAGUGUUACAAAUAAAGGCCGAAGAUGAGCUACGCCUUGAGUCUGAUGUUUAUGAGAAUGGUUUUAGUACUGAUUGUGUUCCAAGUGAAACUGCCAAGCCUAAAUCUUCCAUGUCAGAGAAACUAGAGGAGCCUUCCACUGAGGAACAGAACCAUCUUCCUAAAGAUGAGAACUAUGUUACCAUAAAGAAUGAAAAGACAGAGAGUACGGAUAUGGCUCAUGCUGUUUUACCAGAAACUGUGUUUAAAGGGGAGGAUGCUCCUAUCCCAAUGCUGCCUAUAGAAACUGCAGCUGGUGAAGCUGCAAAAUCAGUCCAAAGGUUCAACUGUAAGGUUGAUGGCUGUAGUCGAAGCUAUACCUCAUCACGUAGUGUGAGUAAGCAUAUCAAAGCUGCCCAUCCAGAAUACUACGAAAUGCUUAAGCAACAACGAAACUUAGCAAAAAAGCAGCAAGUUAGAAAUCCCCCAAAGUGUCAAAAUCAGGAAAAGCCUUCAAAUCCAUUGUGUUAUCCAAAUGAGAGAAUCUCAGCUCCAACACCUGAAAGCACUACCGAUACAGGAGGUGCAGUUUAUCAGCAGCAGGUACCCUGUGUUUUAACAAUCGAAACUGAGAACGUGGCUCCAUCCAGGAAGAAAAGACAUACACACAACAAGCGUGCAAAGUGGCCUGCAAUCAUUAAAGGCGACAAAUUUAUCUGUAGUAGGUGCUACAGAGAGUUUACUAAUCCCAAAUCUCUUGGAGGUCAUUUAUCACGACGGGCAAUAUGUAAGCCAUAUGAUAAAAAGGAAAGUUCUUCAAUUGUGGAGCAAAAGAAUGGACAGGCUCUAUAUGUGACUGAAAAGAUUCUUUCGUCUGAUGUGUUCACACCACAAGGACAUGAACCACCCUGUAUCUCAGAUACAUUUUUGACUGGCGAGACAUUCCUUCAGUCAUUGGAAAUGGGAGACAGUACAGAGCCAUUUGCUGGUCAUGAGCUCUUUCAGUCCACACAGGAGAACAACUACAAUUCGAGUAUAUUUGAGCCAAGCAAGACUCUCCCAGUCACCAGCCUUCCUGGAACAUUUGAUUCAGAAGUCAUUCAGCAGACUUUUCAGCCUGGAUUUGAGAUGACUGCAGUAGAAACAGGUUCAUCCAACAUAACCAUAUCACAGGCACUCACAACUAUGUGUAGCCCAAGGUCAUUUGUGGCUGGUGAAGAUAUGUCACUCAACACUGAGGUCCCACCAAUGCUGGAUGUGACUAGCUCAACUGCAUAUUCAUCCUGUGAACCCUUGCAACAGCCACUAGAAUCCAGCUUUUGUUCGGGAACAUAUGCUGACAAUGAGAUUCACACACAAAACUUGGAAAGUAACUGUGAGCCCUCUGUAUUUUUUACUAAUGGUGCCCUCCCUGAUAUUGAUACAACUCAUAAUUCAUCUCACUCUGAAGACCCCAGGACAUUAGAUAUAAGAAUAGCUGAAGUUUUGUUGGGCUUGCAGAAUCUGAACUUGGAAUAUGAUGAAAAGCCUUACGCAAGUGUUGCCCCACGCCAAACCUCACGGUCAGAAACACCGGUAUCCUCCAUGAACAUCUCAACACAUGCACCAAUGAAUAAUUGCACCAGUGGUCCGAACAUUAUCAACCAGUGCUUGACAGCACCACAGGCAAACACUUCACUGCAGCUCACCGACACUGAGAAUGACAAAGAACUGAAAGUGGACCUCAUCAAACCUUUCAUCUGCCAGGAAUCUGACUGCAUCUAUAGUGCAAUGACUAAAGAUGCUCUGACAAAUCAUUAUGUCAAAGUACAUCAGUACUCCAAAGAGCAAAUUAUGGAAAUAAAGAUGUAUCAGACUAGAUUUGCUCCAUUUAAGUGCCAUGUUCCUAACUGUCAGAAAACUUUUACAAGGAACUCCAAUCUUCGAGCCCAUUACCAGUUAGUGCAUCAUGUAACACGGGAGGAGCUAGUAAAAUUGAGAAUUAAACGAGUGUACUGUAAAAAAUUGGAGGGUCAGUACAAAACUACAGAUUCUUUGCCACCAUUGCAAGAAAUCAUUCCUCAAUCUACUGUUAAUGGGACACAAGAUGAUAAAUCAAUCAGUCUGCAUGAAUUGGACACAGUAACUCCAGCGCCCAGUGAGGUUAAUUCUGAAAUGGGUCUCCAUCUACCCAGUACACAUAAUGACAAGACUGUCCUUUAUGAUCAGGGGCUGUCACAGAAUGGCUCAGUGCUUCUGGCAAGUCUGGAAAAUUGCUCCCCAUUAUCAGCACAGCUCCAAAAUACUUUGGGACAAUCCAUAGGCCCACAAGACACCUUGGUACCCAGAGCAGUGUCUCAGGAUAUCCCGUUGCUACUGGCAGGGCCCGCAGGUGACACUGCAUUGCCUGUUGAGCCACAGAGUAGCCCUACAUCAGCUGAAGAUCUGCUGACGAUCUCACCACUCUUGACAUGGCCACAACCUGUUUUGCCACUGCCUGUGAAAUCCCAGGAUAUCUCCACCAUUCCCACAGGGCUGCAGGAUGUGCCCCUCCUGCCAGCACAGCAACAGUGUACAUCUCCACUACCAACAAUGCCACAGUCUAUCCCCAUACCUGGAGCUCCAGCUGUUCUGCCAAUUGCAGCAGGCCCAGCAGAUGUCCCAUUCAUGCCAGCAGAGCAACUGGCCAUUUCCAGAAUAAUACCAAACACGCUGACUAUCUUGCCACUGACAUCCAGGUCAGGUGAUGUACCAUUGUUGUCAAUGAGUUCAUCUAGUUCCUUGCCUGUGUCUGUGGGAAUGCUGGGUUCCUCUGCUCUAACUGUGGGGCCACCAGGUGCUUCACCCAUGUCUUUGGUGUUGCCAGGAUCUUCAUCCAUUUCUAUCGGGUUGCCGGUGUCCACAGUGCUACCAGCCUCCUCUGCUGUGUCUGUAAGGCCAUCGGAUGCUUCAUCUAUGACCACAGGGCUGCCAGGAUCAUCACCAAUGACAGCAGUACUGCCAGGAUCGUCACCAGUGACCACAGGGCUGCCAGGAUCGUCACCCGUCACCACGGCACUGCCAGGAUCAUCACCCGUCACCACGGCACUGCCAGGUUCAUCACCAGUAACAACAAUGUUGCCAGGAACAUCACCUUUGCCCCUCGGGCUACCAGGAUCACCAUCAAUGACCACAGGACUGCCCAGAUCAUUGCCAGUUACCACCAGGCUGCCAGGAUCAUCACCAGUGACAAUGGGGCUGCCAGGAUCAUCGAUUACUGCAGGACUUAUAGAAUCAUCGCCAGUGACUGCAGAGAUGUCAGGUCCAUUGGUGGUGACUACAGGGCUACCAGAAUCAUUGCCAGUGACCACUGGGCUUCCGGGAUCAACGCCAGUGACCACAGUACUGCCAGGAUCAUCCCCAGUGACCACAGGGCUGCCUGGGUCAUCCCCGGUGACCGCAGGGCUGCCUGGGUCAUCCCCGGUGACCGCAAGGCUGCCUAGGUCAUCCCCAGUGACUGCGGGACUGCCUGGAUCAGCACUAGUGACCACGGGGCUGCCAGGAUCAUCCCCGGUGACCGUGGGGCUGCCGGGAUCAUCGCCAGUGACCACAGGGCUGCCGGGAUCAUCGCCAGUGACCACAGGGCUGCCGGGAUCAUUGCCAGUGUCCGUGGGGCUGCUGGGAUCAUCACCAGUGACCACGGGGCUGCCAGGAUCAUCCCCGGUGACCGUGGGGCUGCCGGGAUCAUCGCCAGUGACCACGGGGCUGCCGGGAUCAUUGCCAGUGUCCGUGGGGCUGCUGGGAUCAUCACCAGUGGCCGCGGGCCUGCCGGGCUCAUCGCCGGUGACCACAGGGCUGCCAGGGUCAUCGCCCCUCACCGCAGGGCUACUGGGCACCCCUCUUUCAGCAGAACCACCAGAGGUGUUCAUUAAUCCAAUACAAAAACGUGAUGCCUUUCUACAUCCAGAGAGACCUGAAGAUGUGGUUGUGCAGUCAUCAGAUAUAUCGGUGCUGGAAAGGAAAUGUGAGGGAAGUUUGGAGCAAACUGGAGGCUCAACAACAUUGAUAAAGGUGUCUGGGGAAAGGAAGUGCAAGAAAUCAGUUGCAAAGGUAAGAGCAGAGUGUGACAACAAUAACUUUCACAAACCAUACCAGUGUGUUCACAAAGGUUGCUCUGCGGCUUUCACAAUUCAGCAAAACCUAAUUCUGCACUAUCGAGCCAUACACCAGUCAGACCAACAGCUGCUUCACACACAGCUAAAACAGGAAAUCACUCAAAGUGACAACAUCCAGGUUAAAGAGUUUCAGUGCCAGAUUGAUGAUUGCUGUAGAAUUUUCCAAGGAGCGACUGAUCUCAUUAAACACUACUCCGAGCUUCACAGUCUAACCAUAGAUGAAAUUGGAAAAAUCAUGUCUGCAAGUGAAGGGCAGUUUCAUUGCGACCAAGCUCAUUGCGUGUCUUCAUUUACAGUAUUCUGGAACUUUAUCAAACACCUUCUGGUAGCCCAUGGUGUAGAUGUGGAUAGUCCACAAAAUGAUGCAGAUGCAGCAUGUUUUAGGUGUGACUGUGAAGGCUGUGAUCGUACUUAUGCCACCAGAUCAAACCUUUUAAGACACAUCUUUACAAAGCACAGAGAGCUGCAUCAAUCUCAUUUAAUGAGGCCCAGAAGAAUUAUACCAUUGGACCAAGAAAACUUUCCAAUGGUAAUUACUCAGGAUGGUCUCACAGAUGGAAAAAGCUAUUCUGAAUCUGAAGAAUUUAGUGAAAAUGAAGAUGCUGUGAAUCACAGUAAAUCUAGUGAAUGUUCUGCUUCAGAUAGCAGUGAUAUGAAAAGUGGUGAGAUUGAUGAAAAGUCAUACAACUCUAGAAAAGUUGGUAAAUAUACUUUCAAAAGUAAGGCUCAAGCCUUGGCCAUGUGCAGCAGCAAGUCUCCAAAAGAACAGUAUCCGUGCAUGUUUGAGAACUGUUCAUCUGUUGUUACCAGUGAACAAAGUCUGGUAAAACAUUAUAGAAUUCAUCACAAGAUAUCUAGUGUAUUUGUUAGUCAAUACCACAAUUAUCUGGUAACUUGCAGGAAGUUUUCAAAUGUCCAAGAGACAGAAUUGACUGAAUGCAUAAGCAGCCAUGAAGAACGAUCAGUGGAGUAUGCUGUUAAUGGAGAUGUGAUUCGGCCACAAGACAACUUAAGUGAAAUAGAGGUUUUCAGUAAGAAGCUGGGAAAUGAUAAUUCCUUCAAGAGUUCCAUUGAUGAACUUUCAGAAUCGCUUAAUGCUGAAGUUAUUGAAGGCACGGGUAGUAAGUCCAUUGCAACUGAACAGAAAGAGAUCACUGGUGAGAAGAAAUUCACUGAUGCAAGUAGCUACCAGCCUUCUAGGAAAAGAUCAACCAUUCAACUGGAUCUCUUGGGUAUGGAAGAAGGCAUGCAGAUUAAAAAGAAAAGAAGCUUAAUUGAAGAAACACCUGAGCAGCUGUUGAAAGAUGAUCCAAACCAAACCCUCCAUCAGAAGAAGGGGUGUCCUCCAGAGCGCAGCUUGUGCACACACAAGACACAUCACCAUAAGUCUUUUGAUUUAAGUACAUUUAAGCCCAUGGGAUUUGAAAUCUCCUUCCUGAAGUUCCUUGAGGAAUCUGCUCUGAAGCAAAAGAGAAAAGCUCUGGCCAGUAAAGGUUCAUCUACUGUUAACACUGAGAAAGUGGUGGAUGGCAGAUUAAAUUCAUCCUUUGUCACAGAAGAUGACGCAGACAGAUUGCCAACAAAGCAUCCUGUCAAAAAAGACACAAAUUCGGUGGUUUCUACUGACAACAAGAAGCAAUCUGUCACAGAUAAACUAUAUGAUCAAAAUACCGAGCAUCGGACUCUUGCUAAUUUUACAAAUCCUUUAUCUCUUCAUAUUUUUAAAAACAUAAAAAUUAUAAUGGACAAGGCAGACUCAAACUGUGUUGAGCUUGCUGAAAAGCAGCUUCAACAUAUGCAUCCCACAGUAGUCCUUAGUCGAGUAAAGGUAGACUUCAAUAUGCUGGCCCAAGUUAAGGAUAUAAAAGAAAGACUCACUGUUAAGAGUACAUAAUUCUGUAACACAUAGUGUAUGUAUUGAAGAAAAUAGGAGAAAAUAGAAGCUGUAAUUUGCUUAAAUUUGGUCCUUGAUAGUAUUUGAACCAAAAGGAUGCCUGUACAUUUUAACCAAAGCAUGUUUGUAAAUGUCUUUUUUAAUAUAAUUUUUUAAACAAAAUCUAAUGUGGCAGUAGCCACAUUCAAUGUAUUCAACAGAAUCCCUAUGGGACUAAAUUAUGACACAGAACGAUUGCUCUGUUUAUGUAAAACAAAUGUAAUUUGAAGUCAAGACAUUUGUAUACAAAGGAGGGGUGAGACUUGGACUGUUAUGUAGGUUCUGUUAAUAACCUGAUAGGUCAGUAUUCCUGAGCAUGACGGUGCAAAUACUGUAUGAUAUAGUUUGAGCAGUACUUUUAUCAUUGUGUACAUACUUAAAGAGAUUGUAUCCCAUUUACUACAAAGCCUUUCUAGUCCCAAUCCACAAGUACAAAUUGUACACAAAUGAAAUCAGAAGCUGCUGGAAAUACUCAGCAAGUUAGGCAUCAAAGUGGAGAGACGUGGAGUUAAUGUUUCAGGUUCAUGGCCUUCCAUCAGACUGGUUCUGCAUAACAUUGGACAUCACCAUAAUAAAGGUCUCUUGCAAAGAUAAAAUGGUUUGUAUUUUAUUAAUUCUGCUGUAUUUUGUCCUAUUUGAUACAACAUUACAAAUGAUGCUCAAACAUUCUCGGUUUUUGGAGAGGGGAAGAGUAUGUACAUUUUGUAGAAAUUUCAAACUUCUUUGUAUGUUCUUUAUGGGAUACUCUCUCUUACAACACCAUCUUGUAAGAGUUUUGAGAACAAGCUCCAGCAAUACAAGCUGUGUAAUAUAGUCAAUCUCCUUGAUGUUUUUUGUUUAAAACUGUGACUAGUGGAGAAAAUACAGUUUAAAAAAUCCUUUUGAGAGAUGUUUUAACUUAAUGAAAACAGACCAUGUUAUUCCAGAACACUUCAUAUACUGUAUAUAAUCAAUACAAAACUGUAGAAAAUGUUUAAAAAUGCAUUAAAACUAAGUACCCAACCUGAAUGUAAAACCAUUGUUGAAGAUUGGAUUUGCAGUGACCCAAAUACUUGAAGACAACUUUAAUGUGAAAAGCAAGGUGAGGAAUUUGAAAGUAAAUGAGGUUAAUGUUCAGAUUUCAGAGGUUCAAUCUGAUAAUAUUGAUUUUCUGUGAGCAAUGCUGUACUGACACACAGUUUUACUGCUCUGGAGCUCUGUUGCUGAAGGUGUGUGCACCUGAAAUUCUUUUGUUUCUGAACUUAAUGACCAAUAUUGAGUGUCUGAAUGUUCAUUGAUAACCUACUCAGGAUCUUAACAUCUGGUAUAAAUUCAUAGUUUGAAGUGGCCAAAUCAGCAGAAUAAUAGUGAACAGUCCAUUUUGGCAAACCAGAAUUCAUCUUGACAUUUACCACUUGCAGUGCACCCUUCCAAAGGUUUAUUCAAAACAUACAACAUGGUAUCAGGGGAAAACAAAAGGAUUUUUUGACAGUCUGUAAUUGUGGGGAAAACAUUCUUUUGUAAACAAGCGUGUAUUUAUAGCUGUAUCUCAUUUAUAUAUUUGAAUACAGUAUUGUUAUUGUAAAUAAUGCAGUAGUACUUAGAUGAACUAUUAAAAUAGAAAAUUAGAUGUCUCUUUAAAUAAUGUUUUUGUUAAAUUAAUAUAAAAAUAUUGAAAAUAAAUCUGC